GAGGAACUAUGUACUCGACUGCACUCUUGAGUCAACUGUACAGUCAAAUGCAUUUAUGCAUAUGAUGUGGCGCUAAUCAAAAUGUCAGACUGGAGCAAUCGUCUAGCCAGAGUAUAUAUAUGCAUAUUAGUGUAUUGGAAGUAGAAAGAGAGCAACAGAGAGAAUAGAGGGGCAAGAAUAGAACUGGGUUUGGCAAGCGUGGUGAUUUUACACCUACCUUUUAACCGGACCGUAGCCGAUUGUAUUGUAUCCGUUUCACGAUACGUAUCAUGCUUGGCCCAGGUGGUUUCCCUAAGAAACGUGUAUUUCUGUUUUACAUAUUGUUGCAACAUUUUAUCAUUGCCGUGACAAAGUCAUUCAACAACAUUCCGUACGACCGAAGCUAGUUUCCAAUAAAGUGUAGACGUAAAAAUAUGAGAUUACUGAAAGUUGUGAUAUGUGUGUCGUAAAAUUGGAACGUAUUACGACUUAAUAAAUCGUUCGGCUUUAACAAUUGCGCACCGUCUCGAGGGAUUCUAAAUCUUUAAGAAUGACUUAAGUGGAUUGUGAUCAUCAUUAAAGAGCUUCAAUGCGCGAUGUUGGAUAUCAUAUUAUGCUGGAUAUGUUGGCUGUUUUGGGCGGGUCUACCGACACUCACCGCCUAUCCUGUAUCGUCUUCAGUACGUGCAGAUUUUCCACAUAUCUAUACUUCAUCGAAAUGGGAACGAUACUGGAUACAAUAUACGAUUGGACUUCUAAGCCUGACUGCUACAGCGUUUACCUUAGUCGGAUGUCUUUGUUGUCGAAGACCUAGACGACCUAAAGGAUUUCAGGACAAAGCAGAAAAGUCCAAGCAGGAAUUCAAAGAUGGGAACACCAUUGAACAGGAAUCAACAUUUGACCACUCAGUUGAAGGUUUAGAGUUAGAUGUUCCACAUAUGUUAGCUGUUGCAGACAGAGUACAGUUCGAACCUAUAGCUGUAGACCAUAUUAUAUCUGGAUCUAAAAAUUCUCCAAAACUUAAACCAUUGCCACUAUCAACAUCGUUUUUUGAAGAACACGAUUCCGAUUCUAAUACUCUCCCAGAAGCUUGUCGUGAAUGGUUCGAUGCACAGGAGUUAUCUAUACCAAGAGAAAAGUUAAAAUAUUUAAGAGAGAUUGGUCAUGGUUGGUUUGGAAAAGUUGUAGAGGGUCGAGCUGAUUUAGAAGGGUGUAACAGAACUUCAAAAAAUGGUGGUGUUGUCGUAAGAAUACUUACAGAGGACGCUACUUCGAAAGAGAAAGCUUGGUUCCUUGGCGAAGCUACACCAUAUUUAAAACUGCAACAUCAAAAUGUUUUGACUCUACUGGGUUUUUGCUUAGAAACUGACCCAUACCUAUUACUAUUUGAAUCAUGUUCAGUAGGUGACCUCAAAGGUUUUUUGCUAUCAAAUCAUGAUCUAAAAUCACAAGAAGCUCUUAACAAAGAAAAUAUCCCCGUUCGAAUGGCACUAGAUAUCGCAACUGGUUUGAAACAUAUGCAUAAUCAUGGAUUUGUACACACAGAUUUAUCUGCUAGAAAUUGUUUGGUGGCAUCGGAUUUAUCAGCAAAAUUGGGAGAUUAUGGAACAGGUGUAGAAAAAUAUCCUGAAGAUUAUUACGUGGUUGGAGAUCGUGCAUUGCCUAUUAGAUGGUCAGCACCGGAAAGCAUAGAAUGUACCGAUACCACUAUUGAAACACGAGAGAUAACAUCUCAAGCAAAUAUGUGGAGUUAUGCUAUUUUUCUUUGGGAGAUUGCUACAUGGGGAAGUAGACCAUUCAAUGAUAAAAGCGAUGAGCAAGUAAUUCAGAUGUUGUUAUCUCUUAGAACUGAUCUCUUGCCAAAUGGUACACAAGUGUUGCAAACCUAUCUAGAAAAUUGUCCAUCAAAUAUAAUCCAAGCAAUUCAUUUAUGUUUGAAUUUAAAUCCACAGAAAAGAUCGAAUUUGGAUGAGGUGAAGCAACUUCUUCUGAGCAAUCAAACAGAGUAUUUGGACUUUGAACAAAGAUGGGAGAAAUUACGUGUUAAUGUAACUAAAAAUGUUCGCAGCGCUAGCUUGCAGGAUCUCAGAGGGAGUAUUGAUUCAGAUUACUGGACUACUAUUAUCGAUGAUACGCCUCGUCAAUCAACAUUUCGGCUUGGGCCAGGUGAACUAGUGAAAAAUGUACCACAUGUUAAAAAUAUUAUGGUUCAUCAUGAGUCUGGUUCCGAAACUGAAGAAGAAAGUUGGAAGGGACGAAUUGAAAAAGGAGUUUAUACUGAAAAAGUAAAGCAAAAAUCUAAAUCUGUUACCGAUUUAAUGGUGCUUGUACAUAUCGAUCUUGAUUCUGAUGCAGAAUUAUCAAUGGGAGCUCAAGUAUCAGAAAAGCAUGCAAAGAAAAAAUUGCCUGCUACUGGUAGUGAUAGUGAUCUUAGACAUAGUACUCAUAGAGAUGAAUUUGAUGAAGCAUUGAGAAAGUUACGAGACCCUUUGCCAAAUAACACUUCUAGUAAGAUCAAAAUGUUAGAUAAUUCGGAACGGCCAAAACUACUGACAUUAACUACAGAUCAGGAUCAAACGCCAAUCUUAAGGUUAUCAUUAAAUGAUAAAGAAUCUACUAUAGAAACUGAUACUACACCCGUUGCAAGUACAAGCACAGAAACUCGUAAUGAUAAACAUGUAUUAAGGCUUUUAUCAAAAGGAGAUCCUAAUCUUCCUCUUCUUCGCUUUGUACCUGAUGAUAAUACAUCUUCUUUUGAAAUGUUAAAACAAAAUAAUGAAUCUCAAUUUAAUGCUGUAUCUAAGCAUGAAAACAAUACUUGCUUCUCUAAUAAUUUUUCAAUUAAUUUUGAGACAAAUGAAAACAACUUAGUCGAUGUUGAACUUUGGAAUCAUGCACUGGAUUCUGCUUUAGAAAAGAAAGUACCUGGUUUCUUGUAUGAAGGCGAAUUCAAUGAAUGUAUAGAAUCAUCAUCUGAGCAACAGAGCAGUAGUAUGCCAGAACUAAUUGUAACUACCGUAUCUACACCAGAUACAUCACAAUCUGGUAUAAAACAUUCUGCGUAUAAUGCAGAUGAUGAAUUUUCUAAUGGAGAAGAAAUGGACAUAGAUCGAAGGUGUUUACCGAACGAUGAUGAGGAAGAAAGAAAACAAUUAUCCACUCCUGAUGAUGAGCAAAGCUCUGACUCUGGUUUUAGAGAUAAAGAAUCUUGCGAGGAAGAAGAGAAUAUUUGUCCAUCUUUGGCUCCUUUAUCUUCUAGUAAUGAUUCUACAACAGCUGUACCGUUAUGUACCGAAGAACAGCAGUUACAGGUUUUGUUUGAAUUAGAUACAAUUCUUGAUGCUGAGUAUUAUGCAACAUUACAAGACUCUGAAAAAGGAACAGAAAACUUAUCCUCGAUUAAGUGUACAGAAAACGAAGUUCUUAAUGUAAAUGAAGAGGAAUCUGGUUCUAUCCAAACUGUAGAUACUGUAGAUGAAACAAGGGAUGAUGAAAGUUGUAUUUAUAAUGUACAGUCAACAGAAAAUGAUAUUGUGAAACCAAUGUCAGAAGAUGAGAAAGAAACUCAGAGAGAAAAUGUAAUUGAAAAUGAAGAAAAGAUUGAAUUAAAAGAUCCAAGUGCCAUUACCUCGAUUUUCCAACACAAAGAUUCAGCUCAGAAUGAUAUAUUAGUAAACACCAAAAGUUCUUGUAAGAAUCAAGAAUCGGAACAAAGUUUACAAAAUGAAAAUGAAAAUGAAAAUGAAAAUGAAAAUGAAAAUGAAAAUGAAAAUGAAAAUGAAAAUGAAAAUGAAAAUGAAAAUGAAAAUGAAAAUGAAAAUGAAAAUGAAAAUGAAAAUGAAAAUGAAAAUGAAAAUGAAAACGAAAAUGAAAAUGAAAACGAAAACGAAAACGAAAAUGAAAAUGAAAAUGAAAAUAAAACUGAAGAAAAAGAGAAUGAAACUGAAGAAAGAGAAAAUGAAACUGAAGAUGACGAUAGCUCUACAAUGAGUUUACGUAGCGAUAAUUCUUAUGUAUCAUAUGGUAUGGAGGAAGAGAUUGUAACAGCAAUUCGAAACGAACUUAGAGAAAAAUUGCCUUGUGCACAGAUGUCAGUCAUAGAACCUUUGGAGUCUCACGACGAUGAUGAGAAUCCAUCUGCAUCUAGUGAUAUAGACAAUAAACAAUGGGAUGAUGAUGAUGAUAAUGAAGAAUUGUCAAAUCAAGGUAGCGGCGGAGUGGGUAUUUCAAUAAGGUAUAACGUGUACGGUACUCCACUUAGCCCGAUCCAAGAAGAACGAGAAAGUACUCUUACUUCAGAGUCUCUUAUAUCUAAUUCUAGAGACACAUCAAUUGCUUCAAAAGAAUCUGCUCAAUCAUCAGAUGAUGUAUUGCUAGUUGAUACUCGAACAAAUAAAAUGAUGUUAUUGGAAGGAUUAGGAGAGACGCUACAGGAUGACGAUCGAGAUACAACCAAUGGUGAUCUUUCUGAAGAAGAAAAUUUGGAUUAUAAUUGUUCGGUCAUUCGUUCCCGCGAUGAUAAAUCACAUAUCAUGAUCGCAAGUGGAGUAGCACCUUUGCCAAGUCCUGAAGAAGAAUCUAAAUGGCAACAAUUACCUUCGUCUUUUCCAUUACCAUUACCUCUACCAUUAGAAGAUGAUCUAAUGUCAACGAGUUUUGCAACAGAGCAUGGUUGGGGCAGUCAGGAUGAAGAGGAAGAAGAGGAAGAUGAGGAGGAAGAAGAUGACGAAGACGAAGAUAACAGUUCUAGUUCUGGGGAAUUUGUUUGGAAGCGGUACACUGAACCACACGUCGAGCAAGUUCAAAUUCGAAGUAGUCUGAGUAACAAUGAAGGAACAGCAGUGGAUGCUGAUGUUGAAGAUGAAAUGGAUGCAGAAGAGGAAGAAGAGGGCGAGGAUGAGGAGGAGGAUGAAGAGGAGGAGGAGGAGGAGGAGGAGGAGGAGGAAGAAUUCACACCAUCAGCUUGGAAUGCAACGUUAGCACCCCGCCGUUCCGCGUUACGAUCUCCAGAUAAAACAUUAAAAUCUGGCGAUCAAAAGAAGAGUGUUUGGUUCAAGAAGCAACGUUAUCACUGCGUAUACGAAUACCCAAAGGAAACAUUAGCUACCGAUAUUCAAGGAGAAACAACUACCACCUGGGAACCAACUUCAUAUGCUGAUUGGGAGGAAAUGAUAGAUGAACCACGAUUAGAUUUAUAUCCCCUGGACUAUGAUGAUGCUAACCAUACUGGAAAUGAAGAGUUUUUUGUGAGCAGUUCAAAUCGUCCAUUUCAAUUUCAAACUGGUGACAGUAAAUACGUAAGUCAAUUCUUUCCUGGUGCUUCUACAUCUGCCAAUAAAGAUCAAGACGAAGUAGAUGGCGGUCAACAAGGAACACAACAAAGUAGAAUUGAAUUAUCAAACGAUUAUGGUCAUGGUCAACAACAUCAAUUAGGAGAAUUAAGACACACUAGAGAUCGUUUAAAGUUAAAUUUAUCUACAAAUGGCACGCCUUAUUUUCCCGUCAAACAAAUACAAGAGGAUGAUACUGAACAAUUGGAUGAAAAAGAAGAGGAGCCCGAAUCAUCGGAAAGUAUAGAUUUUACACAGGACCAAUGUAUCCUACCAAACUCCUUGAACUAUGAUAUUUUGCCAACGGUGCCUCUCCGAGAUACUCAACAAGAGAGAAGUCUUGAUUCAGCUUCUUCAAAAAGUGCCCAAUGUGAUAACCAGGAAAAAGUUGAGUCCACGGACAAGUGCAGUGUUUUAAUUCAUGACUAACGUAUUGCAAAGUUGAUAGGUAAAAUUUUAAGAGAGAUAAUUUAGCUGAAGUCCGUCCGAAAUAAUUUCGUUGCAAAAAUACAGUGACUACUUUAUUCAGUGAGAUCAUUAAAAAAUGAGUCUCGAAUAUUAUACAUAAAAUGUACAUGUAAAUAAGAUGUAGCAAAUUUUUAUUGUGGCUGAGAUUUAAUCGAUGAUCUAUAUCAUUAUAUAUUGAAGCAUACAAUUUUUCUUUGUUAUGUAGGAAUAUAUUGAUAUAAAUAGAGCUUAAUAUUGACAUAAUUUUUUAUACAAUUAGCGUCAUGGCAAUAAAAGAACAUAAAUUGUAAUCGCUAAUCAAAUCGAAUACCAGACAAUCGAUUUGUAAAGACUACAUCAAAACUAUUAAGUGAUUUCGUUUCGCGUGUAAAUAUUUAUUAAACAUUGUUCGAUACACGAUCGUCACCCGAGGAUUAGUGCCUAUAUAAGUUAAUGUUAUUAGUUUCAUUGAUGAUAUGACAAUUAUCUAUAUUGUUUUACAAUUAUUGUUACCUUCAAAUAUGAUAUUUUUCUUUGUAUUAUAUUAAGAUUAUUAGUAGAAAACAGCUCUCUACUCUAAAAGUAUUAUAGUGUAAAACAAGAGAUGGUAUCGUGAACGAGUAUCAGGUUUUAACAAUAAUGUGUAUAAUAAUUCAAGCACAACUAAUUUUUUUAUAAAUAUGUAUUGUUUUUAUUAUUAUUAGAAAUGAAAUGGAUACAAGAUGUGCACCUAUAUUUCAGUUCAUUUGGCAAGUCGUUAUUGGGUUGUUAGAUAAAAUAGUUCAGAAAAGUUUUACUAAAAAUAUGUUAGCGUACUUUACCACACUUUGCUUUUUAAUAUUUUUAAAUAAUGCUUUUUAAGCAUUAAAUAUAGUAUUUCCAACAAUUUUUAAUGUUUAGAUAAUUUUUACAAAAUAAUUGCACACGGUAGAUAUUUUACGGAAUGUAAUAAAAGCACGUGGAAGGAUUCUUUAUUGUCAAUAUAGUAUUAAAUAUUGAAUUCGUGAAAUGUGAAUAUUUAUUUGAAUACGUGCUACAAAGAGAGUGACAAAUACCAAUGAUAUGUUAAUAAUUGUUAAUCAUUAAUAUUACGCGAUCUUCACGAAAAAAUAUCUUUCGAAGUUUUCAAUAUUAUUACAACACAAGUAAAUCAUAGCAUAACAACAAAAUAGAUUAUAAUAAUAUCAAAAAUAUACAAAAAAAAUUUAAAUAAUUUGACAUAUUUGGUACUUGCACCGACACAUAAUUUCAUUAAGAUAUGUGAAAGUAAGAAUUUACAUCCUACAAUUACUGUUAAAAGCACAGCAAUCAUUAUGCGACUUUUACUACUACUGCAAUUAUUAUUAUUAUUAUUAUUAUUAUUGAUACUGCUAACUCUGUGCUCAUUAUAACAUAUAGGGUAUUAAUAGAGAACAAUUAAUAUAUUGUUAUACAGAACAAAUUUAUUUGCUUAGAGUA